AUGAUCAACCCAAAAAGGCUUAUUGAACUGGCAAGGAAGUGGCAGAGAAUGGCUUCUGCAAAGCGUAGGAGAAUCUCGUAUCCAAGAAGUUUUGUUGCUGAUGAAGGCCAUUUUGUUGUGUAUACAACUGACAAGAAAAGGUUCAUGGUUCCCUUGGAAUAUCUCAGCCAAAAUGUCUUCAUAGAGCUCUUGAGAAUGUCUGAAGAAGAGUUUGGUCUUCCAACUGAAGGAGCUAUCACAUUGCCUUGUGAUAGUACCCUCUUGAAGUAUGUCAUUGCAUUGGUCCGAGGACGCAUGCCUGCAGAAUUAGAGAAGGCUUUACUCACUUCCAUAGCUACAUGUCACCAGUUGGCAUCAUGUUCUUUUGCACAAGGACAAAGCCACCACCAACAAACACUGAUAUUUGGUUAUUGA